GGUUAUUUUUCCCAAUAAAGAAUGUCAGGGUAUCUCUGAGUCAGAGUUCCGGAGUAUUUUCUUCGUCACGUAUAAAUCCUCCUGCAUUUUGGUGGAAUUUCAUCAUAAAUCCGUGCAGUUGUAGCUUUUACUGAGGGCUCUUGCAGAGAUACUCCUCAAAGAAGUGACUAAAAAUAGCUGACCGGGAAGUUCAGUGGGGACUUGAAGAAAAGCCUUUGACUUUUGGAAUUGACCUUCGACACACAGAAAAUCCAAGAUGAGUCUCGUUUGGACACUUAUUGCGACGUUUCUGUAUGCAGAGAUUGGCAUUGUGCUGCUCCUGGUACUGCCAAUUGCCAGUCCUAUGCGUUGGCAGAAAUUCUUCCGAUCGCGAUUUCUGGCAAUGAUUGGGCGUCAGGCCCAGAUGUACUUUUACCUCUUGUUGGCUGUGUUGGUUGUCUUUCUCAUCGAGGCUGUGCGUGAAAUGAGGAAAUACUCUCACACCGAUCCAGCCCAGGAGGCGCACUUGAAUGUGGGAAUGCAGCACAGCAUGAGACUGUUCCGGGCUCAAAGGAAUUUCUACAUCAGUGGCUUUGCUAUUUUCCUUGUUCUCGUCAUCCGUCGCCUUGUUCUGUUGAUCUCUGCUCAGGCCUCCCUUUUGGCCCAGGCUGAGGCUUCCUUUAGGCAAGCUGAAAGUGCCACAACUGCUGCCCGCAGCCUCCUGUCUCAGCAGAAAGAUAAGAAGACGGAGGGGGAUUCCGAGGAGGUAGAUACGCUGAAAGAGAAAGUGGCUGAGCUAGAGGGAGAAUUGAAGCGCGAACGGAAGGACAAGGAAGCUCUCAAGUCCCAGGCAGAAAGCCUCAACAGGGAAUAUGAUCGUCUUACGGAGGAAUACAGCAAAAUCGAGAAGAAACUCCAUUCUUCGACGAAGGACGAUUAAUUUAUUCGCACUCCCUUCGAGUGACAAUCAUCUUUUUUUCAUCAUUGCUGAUCUGCAGCUCUUGAACCUUCUGUAUUCGACUCAUUUGUCCAUUAUUGUGUUUUUCUAAUGAUUUUUUUCUUAACAUUUCCUUGGGUGAUGCUUUUUUUGCGGAAAAUAAAAACCUCGAGUACUAAAAAA